AUGUGUGACAACAGGGCCGCUCUCAGGGAGGUGCUGGAGCAGCCGCCCGUCAACCCAGGAUGGAACUUUGCAGCUGCAGAGAGCCGGAUGAAAGCAGAAUUCCACUGGAGUGGCCAUACCACCCUGAAAAGCGACGAAGUGGACAAGACUCAUGAGCUGCACGGCCUCUGGGAGGAGACGCGGAGUCAUCUUGACAAAGUCUUUCUGCAGCCCGAGACGGAGGCCAACCGGAGACUUGACCUGAAAAAGAUGCAAGACCUGUACCAGCAUAUCUGGGCGCGGGGCCGUGCCGCCGCUGAGGCAUACCACGCGCGCGGUGACUACAAGGCUCAGCUGCCGCUCAAGUCUGAGGUGCUGACGCUGCGCUUCGCUCUGCCUCCGCACCAGGCCAACAGCCAUGUCACGUAUGCGGUCAACAUGCUCGCGGCCUGCCAUGCGAUGUGGCUCUUUCAGGUCGCGGACACGGACCCGGCUGCGGCGGCCGCGACACGCGAUGCCGCGCAGCGCGCACAGCGGGAGCGGGCGGCAAUCGGGCGCAUCUACCAGACCAGCCGCGAGAUGUACGAGGUACUCGAGCUCAACUUGCGCUUGUGGAUGGACAACAAGGCCGAGGUCGAGCACCACCUGAGAAGGCUCCAGGCGAGGAGGCGGCAGGCCAACGGGGGCUGGGGGUACGAGAGCGAGGAAAUGCUGUUCGACCUGGCACACGUGGAAAAUUCGAUUGAGGAUACGCUGGAGAUGAUGCAGGCCGCUCAGAACCGGUUCGAGGAGGCGCAGAAGAAUUGGUGGGAUGCGAGGCAGGAGGAGCGGUUGUUGGAGGGGUCGGAGCCGGAGCCUGCCAGCGCGCCGGAGGACGGCAGGCUGUAA